CUGCAGCAAUUCAACGCAAAUAGCGUAUGACACCAGUUGGCGCACGGAGAGACUGAUCCGCGAUAAUCAUUGAUCAGGCCAGAAAAAUAACACGUUAGCAAACUUUAAAAGAAAUCGAACGUCUACAAUAACACACUUCCUCCUGCUCAUUUAUUUUCUGCCAGCUAUUUUGCUCACUCCCAGGUUAUUGCCCUAUAGCAGUUUGCGCUGACUGCGCAGGUUACCAUAACAACGCUCGGUCUCCUGUAAUUCACCAAAACGAGCGCACUGAGCGAGCGCAGACACGCAAACCUGCACGCUACGUUUAAAGCUUUGUUGGAAGAUAGAAAAGAGUGAAGUGGACAGAAUUGCGAGCCCCAUGACCCGCCAUGUCUGCUCAUUGACUCGCUGUCCCGCCUGCUUUCUCUCAGUUUCCCAAUAAUUAGUACGGGUCAAAACAUGGCCCCUCCUAGAGAGAGGUUACGCAAACACAAGUUCACGGAUGCUGAGCUGGACAUCCUCGUGAAGGAGGUGACUCGGCACGAGGACACGUUGUUUGGCCUGCAGGGGAACAGACUGACCGCACGCGAGAAGUAUAAGAUCUGGUUUGGGAUCACGGAGCAAGUGUGUGCUGCGUCUGGCCUCCAGAGGUCCAUCGAGGACGUCAAACGGCGCUGGCAGGACCUGCGGAGACGCACCAAGACCAGAGUGCUGGAGGCCCGGCGGCAGAUGUGCCGGGAUCGUCCGGCUUCCUCCCUUUGCCUGUCCUCCGUGGAUAGGAGGGUAUUCGACUCGCGCAAUGUCCACAGUGCGGUGAAACAUGAGGAGCAGAACGCAGCUGUAUGUCACCUCCCGGAAGACUUUUUUCUUGACGCAGGGGCAGAGUCUCUGGAAACGUACCCACAGGUCGUGGAAAAGCCACCAGCCUCCGUAAAGGACGUCCCUGCUGAGGAGCCAAGCUUUGCGGCUGUACUGGGGGCACCUGACACCCAACAGAAUCAGCCGUCCAUCUCGUGCCCUGAAGUAAUGGUCAAAAAUGAGGUUUACUGCCAGUAUCCAUCUGAGGAAAGGGUGGAGGUCACAGAGGGAGGGGGGUCGGCUACCCACUGCAGUGAGCUGACGCCCUACCCUGGACUGAGGGCGCCCCAGAAGGCCGUGGGUGUGGCCUGCCACAGGAGGGCUCCACUGAGCCCCUUUGAGCAACAGCUGCUGCAGGCACAUCGCGAGCACACAGCAGCACUGCGUGAGGGCUUCCGCUUGCUGGCCAGGCAGAACCGGCUGCUAUACCGUGAACUGUGUGAGACCAACAGGAAUGUGGCGUGCGUGGCGUCGCGAAUCGCUGAGCGGAGCGAGAGCGUCUGCGAUGUGGCUGAUGAACUCAUGGGCGUCCACCAUAAGAUCAGCGAAAGCAUCGAGGCCACCAACUGUCUGCAUGACCGUGUCGUUGAGCUCCUGGCCGCUCAGCAAGAGCGCCCCCUUGGCAUUCUUCCCCGCCCCCAGACAGACAGCCAGCCGGGCUCCUCGGCUGUGGAAGAGGCCAGUCUUUAACAUGUCCCACUUUCUGUCUGGGCCGAAUCUAGUUAUGGAUAACAGUCAGUGACGUGAUUCCGUAGAGACUGGUGACAAGGAAAAGGGACAGUCCAGCUGGGAUUGGAAAAAAAAACAAUCGGAAUUCUGUAAUUUCUCACAAGUCGUUGUGUAGCUCAGUGGGUUACUAUGCGGAAUGACCGUCAUUGGAAGACCCUUGAGCAAGACCCUUAUCCUCCAGUUGCUCCCAGGACUGUCUGACCCAGACUUCUUAAAAAAAAAAAAAAAAGUAUGUUGCUUUGGAUACAAGUGUCUGCUGAGUAAUUAAACUACAGAAUGUGAAUUUGUCAUGUUAAUUGGAGAUGGCUUUCUCAUUUUAUUUUAAACCAUAAAUAUUUUUAUAUUGCUGGAUGAAAUUAAUUUAUUACCUUAGGAAUUACAGCCCCUUAUAAUUUGAUAUUAAAAGGUGUAGCUUGCUGAUAGCUGUUUAAAAAUCAUAUGUUCUUCUUUGUCUGAAUGUGGUUAAAUUACUUUUAGCACACUUUUAGCCUGAUCUUUUUCAUUAUCUAUACUAAAAAUUGAAUGGAAAAUUCAAAAAAUAUAUACAAGACAAAGUGAUGCCAUUUUGAACAAGGCUUUCAGCUGUUGAUCUGGCAUCAAACGGCUAAGGCAGCUUCAGACUUGGCAUAACGUCCCAUUGCAUUUUUUUUCAAAUUGUUGACAAACUAUCAAAACUUUGUAAUAUUUUCAUGCUACAAGCAACACUGCCAGUUUUAUUGUCUCUGGGCCAAUUGUACCUGUUUGACAUCAUCUAAGGUUCCAGAGUCUUUGGGUAUAACCCUGCCCAGGGUGACAGUGAUGGUUUGGCUGAAGCAGGCUGACUCCUAGUGUGCACAUUUUUAUUUAUGAGCCAUAUUAAAACGUUAGGAAUAGCCUGCCUGUGCAGGCUGAGGGAAACACAAUGCACUUUACGCUGAAAUGUAGUAGAGAACUUCCAUUCCUAAGAUGACAGCAUGAAUGACAGAAGCCACACUGCAAACCCUCAGGAUCAAAAUAUAAAUCCUCUUUUUCUUGCCCACCGUACCUGAGCCAGGCGAGAGGAGAUUAUAAUGUACAUGCGACAGGUUGGACUGGAAGAUACUAUGAGUUUUAAACCACAACAGAGAUGCAGAGAUGUCAGCUCCACACUGCCAGAUGGCUAUUCUGUCCUAUGCUGGAUCUCCAAGUGUUACUGGGGGGUUUGUCGCUGUCUUGUGCUGCUGUUAGUGUCUGUCUGUUUGCCAAACUCCCUGUAGCAGCUCUGAUUGACCGUCCAUUGCGCUUUGAAAACAGCACCACAUAUGUUAAAAAACACAAAGCAGAGGACUAGUUCAGGGGUGGGCAAACUUUCUGGCCCAAGGGCCACAUUAGAUUAUUUUGUCGCAAGGUGGCCUCUUCCAUUACAGGUGGCCGAAUAUAAAUUCAGUCUCCAACAUAUGAGUACUUUUAAUGCAACUAAAAUGAAGAGGAAAAGGGAGACAACAGUUAUUAAUUUAUAUGCAUAAAAAUGCACAAUCUGAAAAUUAAAUGGUGUGAAAGGCCCCCCAAAUCAUACUGCUUAAAGCAGACUUCAGCGGAUUUGCCUGUCACUUAGUUUUAGGGUUAUUAGUUCUUUGAUUCUACUGUUUGUGCUUUGAACAGAUACAGUGCUGUCAUUAAUUAAUAAAAUGUAUCGCAAGAUGAUGCAAAACUCCAUAAAGGCAGAGGGCUGAAAAAUCUUAUUGGUAACACUUUACUUAAGGGGGCACAAAUUAAAGUACAAAUCAUUAACAAAUGUAGUCACUACUUAAGAUAAAAGAUGUUAUGAUUAUUUAAUGAUGAAUAAACAUGAGAUCAGUA